GAAUCCGUCAUGUACUCAAUCAGGAUAGACCCCAAUCGUUGAAAUCGUUAGAAAGGAACAGUGAACAUCAGCUGUCAACCCGAAGAGAAGAUAAUAUAUCCCCUCCGCUCAAACAUGUACAACAACCACAAAACCUGAAAGAGAUCCAAACAUGUUAUCCGAAAUGGAAAGUGCUGUUCCGGAUCCCGAAAAUCAAACCAUCCCAGUAAUCGUAUGGUCAUUAUCGACAUCCGAUCAGAACGACUCCGAUUUCCAGUCCUGUGUGAACGUAGACCCGGAGGUAGUGAACUCCUUCCGCUUCGUAACGAACGGACUAUUCAUCAACGUCAUAGGCAUGCUGGGAGUUCUGGGCAACAUCAUCUCGAUGAUAAUAUUGUCGAGACCGCAAAUGCGGUCCAGCAUUAACUACCUGCUGAUCGGCCUGGCGAGAAUCGAUACAGUCCUGAUAAUUACCAGCAUGCUGCUUUUCGGCCUGCCCGGUAUCCACCCCUACAGCGGCUGCAUGUUCACGUACUUUUACGUCGUUUACCCCCAUAUAGCUCCGGUGGUGUUUCCCCUGGCCAUGAUUGCCCAAACCGCCUCCGUUUAUUUGACCUUGACUGUAUCCUUGGAGAGAUUUGUGGCUGUGUGUCAUCCUCUUAGGGCCAGAUCGCUUUGUACGUACGGAAGGGCCAGGAUUUAUGUGAUCGGGAUUAUCAUUUUUUCGGUCAUGUAUAACCUUCCGAGGUUUUGGGAAACGACGUUGCAGAAGGAGUGGAACGAGAAACACAACGUGACCAUUUAUUGUCCGCAGCAGUCCGACUUCCGAGAUAAUGCGGCUUACCAGACCAUUUAUAUUCACUGGCUCUAUUUGAUUUUCAUGUACCUGUUACCGUUUGGAUCGCUAGCAGUGCUCAAUGCUUGCAUUUAUAGGCAGGUUCUCAGAGCAAACAAAGAGCGUCAACGACUUUCCAGACAUCAGAAGCGAGAAAUUGGAUUGGCGACGAUGUUAUUAGGGGUCGUGGUAGUUUUCUUCAUCUGCAACAUCCUUCCACUGGUGAUAAACAUAAUUGAAACGUUCAACGUGUUCAUCGAAUUCAACCUAAUCUACUUAAUUCACGUCAGUAAUUUGCUCGUUACCAUAAAUUCGAGUGUGAACUUUAUUAUCUACGUCAUUUUCGGGGAGAAGUUCAAGAGACUGUUUUUGGUGCUGUUCUGUAACAAUUCGUUAUUCAGGAGUGGUCGGGAUUCGCCAGAAGCGGUCACCCACGAAGAUAGUUUCAUGUCCAAUGGAGACAGACAAAGCUUAAGGUUGCAGCGUCACAACACCAGCAUCAGUAGGAACGGAUUCACGCAUGGAACCACCAGGACGAAUGGUUCUUCCAGGCACUCUUCGACCAGGGAUCACAACCGGUACCGGAACUCUAGUCCGGGACCGUGUGUCUACUACCCCGCCCAUCGGCUCAGCAAGGACAUCAGCACAUACACGACGCACACUUACGUUCCGUCCGACUGACGGUGGCUGCCUCAGGACAUCGUCCAGGAGUCAUCCGUGUGACACCCUGGAGAGACGUCCUUGAAGGAUAUCCACGAUUUUUUCCGGAUACAGGUCGAGCUCGAAUAGAGCAGGUGAAUGUGUUUCGAGAAGUUGAAAGUGGCUGGAAAUGGAAUAUCACCAGAAGUAAUGGUUUUUUCUAUAUUAGAUGACGUAGGUGGGGCAUCACAAUCGGAAAAUCCUUAAAGUAUCAUUCGUAAAAUCUCGAGUCCGAGACUGUAUAUCAAUCUCAUCGUUUUUGAUUGCCAAAAUGAUCCCCGCAAGAAAUUCCCACAGUUACUGGCCCAAAACUAUAUUUCCUGGAGCCUCUUUAAGUGAUGAAUUAGAUUUGUUUCCUCUUCAUUAGAAAAGUAUACAGUGAGGAUCUGAUAAAUUAUUAUAUUUCAUGCUGAACCACCAUUCCUCAACCUCACGACUGAUAAAUUAUUGAAAAAUUAUUAUGUUUCAUGCUGAACCAUCAUUCCUCAACCUCACUGACUCAUUUAGAAUGAUUCAGAGUUCUAACACAUUAUCAUUAUCACACAUUAUUGAUGAUUUCGAAUGAAUAAUUUCGGUACGUUCCAAAUGGAAGUAGUUUUAUCGACAUCCCGCUGUCACUAAUGUUACGCCCAUGACUGCAUUCUCAGUGAAUAAUUCUCAAAUUCAACACUUUCAUUCAAUAAUACAAAUCACAACUCGACCCUGUUCUUCAGUCACAUUUUGUGAUUAUUGUUCCAAUUCCACUGUCGCUUGUUCGGACUGAUCUGCAUUAUAAUUGAAACUGGCUCCCUUUGGAGGAUGAUAUAUAAUACUUCCGAAUGAUCUUGUAUGGUCGACUGAAUUAUUUGGCGGCUCCUAUAGGACCUUUAUUCACCUUCGUCUAUUUCAUAGAAUUGGAUGUAUUAUACAAUAAUCAGGACAUUGAUGUGACGUCAGCAGCUAGGUUGUCGGAUUUGUCAGUGAGGCUUCAUUCACUUGAUCUUUUUUUAUACUCGCCAUGGGCGUAACAUUGUCUUUCUCUUCAAAUAACUCCUUCUCGAGUAACUAGUUUGCUUUAUUAUUUCUCAAUCAUCUUGGAAGUUUCCUUUCUGAAAAGGUUGAUUUUAUUAAGGAGGCCUUUCAACGUGUACGACUACAGUAGACCAAGUCUUUUCUCUCCUUGGUCUCCAUAUAUGUGUAGUGUUAGAACAGCAAUUUUUUGUUCAAAACUUCAUUUCUUUGGCUUUCCAUUUCAUCCUCUUUUUCUUCCAGUCUCUGAUAAUCUGUAGACGUUUUCUCAAAAAUGCAUGGACGAAUAUCCUCAAUGAAGCCCCUUUUGCUGUUUUUCCUUUGCUGUUUUUCAUGCAACUUGCUUUAUUUAGGGAUGGUUUGUAUGAUGGUUUUAUUGACUUCAUCUUUAGAAGAAGCUAUAUCAGGUUACUUUUCUCAACAGCAUCUACCAGUUCGUUGGAUGUCUACCUAACGUCAAGAUGAAAAUGUGCAUUCCAAUCUGUUCUUCAGAUUCUCAGUGCUUUACCACACAGAUCUUUUACAAGACAGUAGACUUUUUCAUCUUGAUCUAGCUAUUGGCAGUAAAUACAUCCUUGUGUUCUCUGUGGCACGUGACUUGUGUUAACUGAUCAUAAUAUCACUGUUCGAUUUGUUCACAUGUUCAUUCUAUUCAUAAUUCCAUUCCUUCCAUGACUCAUUGAUUGAUUUUUUCCAACUCGUCUUCAACUCAUAACACUCGGGAGCCUAACGUAUGCUUCUCAUCCUGGACUCCACCUCGGGCCCCUUUGAUAUCCUUUCACCUUUCCUCUCUGCACUUCUUCCCUACCUUCUACCUUCUCUGCUUUCUUUUUUCUUCCUUCUUCUUUCUUUUCUGCUCUCCUACGUAUUUUUUGUUCAUCCAACAACUUGAUAAUACCUGCCAUAUCCUCCAUCUAGUUGAUCUCAUUCGCUGGGGUAUUCACCAUAGACAAAGAAUUGUUAAGCCUAUACGUGGGUUCUUGAUACUGAACUGAUUCGCAUUUUAAUCCAACCAACUCAUGUUGGUCGAUACUCUCAUAUCUCUUGUAUCAUCUUCAAACUUCUCGAGAUUACUUGACGGUUUCUAUAGGAUAUUCAUUCGCCUUUGCUUAUUUUCGAGCUCGAUUCACGGAAUCGCUUGAUACUCAGCACGCCGAUGUGACGUCAUACACACUCCGUUGCCAGUGGCGGUUCGUUCGCUCGAUCAUUUCGUAGAGUCGACAUGGAAGUAGAAAUAUUUUUCAAUAAUUUGUUUUCUAAAGAAGAAAUCAGAAUAGGAAGAGAUGAAAGUUACGUAAAAAGCAUCAGUUACAGAGUAGUAAUAUACUGAUUUCUUGAAUAGGGUUUUCCAAUUGCCCCUCAUUAUGUGACUGAGUUUUCUCAUCUACUUUCUCAGUGAGUGAAUGUACUUCCGUAACUUUCAAUGAGUUGGCCUAAAACUUCAAAAAUGUUCACGAAUGGAUAUCAUUCUUAGUUCAUCGCGUUUAGUCAGGGUAUUAAUGAAUCCACAAAUCAUUCGCAACACGGCGUGGAAAGUGAUUCCAGGUUUAUAAUAGUGGCAGCCUCUCUGAAUGUUUUACGAAGAUAGAUAACCAAUAUAUUUCAUUAUUCAGUCACUUUCAAAAACUGUAUGUAAACAGUCUAUGCAAAAAGUGUAAAUAAUAGAUGUAGCAAAAUUAUAUAGAUUAGAACAAGGUUGGAGAAAUAUCGAAAACCUCUACAAUAUAUCCAAGGACUAUACUGUGAAACCUCUAGUACUAUUUGAAACAUAGAAAAAUAAAACAGUCAGCAUGAUGGUAGUCAUAAUGAAAAUCUAUCGAAAAAAUCAUUAUUAAUUCAUGAAUGGUGAUGAAGUUAUGAUAUAAGUCUGACUCGGGAGAGCUUGAUAAUAGUGUGAAGUUUAUUUUCAUGAAUGAAUGUGAAAAAUUCAGUGAUAGACUCUAUCAUAAAGUUUAAUGGAGUUGUAUCACCAGACUGUUAGAAUCGAUUAAUGUUUCAUUUCUUACGAAGUUGAUGUACAUCAUAAUGGCAUUAACACACCAUCUACCAUCUGUGGAUCCGAACAAACUGCGAUUUCAGUAUAUUUUUUGUUCUUAUUCUUCUUUCAAAUUCCUCACCGAUCGAUUCCCAAUUGAAUGGAGGUAGAGAAUUAACAAGCAAAAUACUUGUUAUCAGAAUGCUUUCGUCAAAUCAGCUGGCUUCUUCAGAGGUUCAUACACCUUGAGUCAUAAAAUCAUCGGAGAUGAACUGAAGAGGUACAUAGUGAGUCAAAUUGCAUAUUUCCGAAGGGAAACUCCUGUUUUCAAACUAGAUAAAUUUUAAGGUCAAAUUUUAUGAAAAACUCGAUGUUUUUCGGAAAUGGGUUCAUUGUAAAUUUGACCCUCAGACACAGACAUCAGUUCUCACCUGAUGAAAACAUGAGUUUUCCUUCAAAUUUGGCCCACUAUAUAUAAACCUCUGGAGAAUCUAGCCAUUCGUGCCGGGGAGACGUCAGGAAGAAAUUUCAAAAAUCGACGACCUUCAAAACCGAAUUAAAAUAGGUACUCUGAUUGUAUACACACUUCUAAAAUUCAGAAAAUAUUGUUCACCUUUGUUAACGGUGGUUCUAGAACAUAAUCUGAUACAAAUGCAAUGUAAUUAGCAGACAUGUGUGACUGUUCAUGAUAUUUAUUUUGUCCAAUAAAAAUUUCAGUUCCUAUAA